AUGCCUCAAGCUCAGCCAGAGCUAAAGAAGGUACGUAAAGCUCCAUUCCACCCCUACAACCGUCGCCAAAAUCGCGGGAAUGGAAGCAUGCGACAGCAACCCAGCCUCGAAGACCGCGACGGUAAGUCCAAACAGAAAGAUAAAUGGACUGACCCACGCCUGCAGUACCUCGACAAAAGGUUGUUUGUGCAGUUGAAUGGAAGCCGGAAGGUUAUUGGGGUCUUGAGAGGAUAUGAUGUUUUCCUAAAUAUUGUGCUGGAUGAUGCGGUUGAGGAGAAGGAUGGUGGAGAGAAGGUCAGAUUGGGCAUGGUGGUCAUUCGAGGAAACUCAGUCGUUAUGCUCGAGGCAUUGGAGAGAAUAGGCGGUGGCAGAGAAGACAGAGGAUGA